GCUUGCGUUAGUAUACCCAGAUCUCGAGCAGCAUCGGAGACAUUUGAUCUUCCUUAGUCAAGAGGCAUUACAUGCCCACUCUUGUAGACGAGUGGAGAUGAUUAAGGGGCGCGCACGCACUGCCGACACGACACCGAAGUUCACAUGACGCCAACACUAAGGAUCGCAACGAGUCUGUGACGAGAUUUCAUUACUACGAUGCCGACAAAAUUAGCCUGCAGCGACCAGAUUUUUAAUGCUCUAUCUCCCUGUGCCCUAUGCCCAAACACAAAUGAUGAUUUAUUCCCGAGCCAUUUGAAACGGGGCGGUGAUAAUCACCUAGCCUGCUUGAGUUAAUCAGGUCUUCUAUACAUGUUUUUCAUUCUAGCAUUUUUCUAUAUAUCUCCUUAAUCUUCUUACUCUUCCGAAAAAACUUCUCUAUCUACCUUGUACCACUAGCUAUGCGUGCGACGGGUCCGGUCGUAUCAGUCUCUUCCCUGGUUUUUUUCUACCACUACUCCAAACGUUUCUUGCUUAUCUUGACUGGUGAGCGGCUUUGAUGCUUCCGUGCACUGUAAAUCCAAGCGCUUCUGGAAGGUGUAAAUCAUGGCCAAACUGCGCUCCGGCCGCUCGUUGCUUAAUGUGGCUGCUUCAGGCGAAGAUCGUGAGAAUUUUUUUUUAUUUCUCUAUUUUGUGAGUAUGAGAGCCUUUGUGAUCACGUGAGUGAGUGUUCUUUUUUUUUUUUUGUCAUCGCAAGCACGAAUGCUAAUGGUGACAAAAUGUUGCCAACACAAUGAAGGAAAUUGCACCCUCGUGAGUAUGUUGGUUACUGAGCACCCUUUCUGCACCUUCACCUUUUCUGAAAAUGUCAAGAAUGCGCGUAUUCGUUAGCAGAAAAUAUUUAGUCCCCUUUACUGCGCACCUUUGCAUUACAUUACUGAUACCACAUGCAAAACAUACAGCUGACAGCGUUUAAGCGCACUCUGACAACUAAACUUUUGGAGGAAGACAAGCAGCUUUAUGAGCUUCUUGCCAGCAGUUUGCGGCAAAAAGAACCCUGCCGAUAAGAACAGCACAUUUAUUGCGGAGGUGGCAUUCCCAUAUGAUAAAAUGGUGGUAUACGACUAUUUUUUUUUCUUUUCUUUUCUAUCCUUCUUUCAGAUCUACCUUCUGGCUUCCCUUGAGUUCUUUCACCUUGAUAGUGGUUUAUAGAUACGCAGCAGAGCGUGGCGUCAGCCCAUCAUAACAGCUAACGGCGCGACAGCGCUCUAUAGGUGCUGCAUUAUUCUUUGUUGCAGCAUUGGCUGAGUGACUAAGAGGUAAAACUUCCGACUCCCACUCUGUAAGACCAGAACUCGAAUCCAUGCAGGGUUGUGCUGAGAUAUUUUGUUUCCCUUUUUUUCCUUUUGCAAUCUUCUCGUAAAUCAUUUUGGGAUUCCUUUGAUGGCCACCUUAUCCAGUCGCGAACAUCUAAACGGCUAGGGGAGUGAGAUAGCAUAGCGGAUAUCGCCAUAAAAAGAGAAACGUAGGGCAAAACAUGCAUUGGGGGAAAGUGUAAUUGCAUCGAAGCAACCUAUGAUAUAGGUGUAUUAGUUCACUGAAGCACCCUCUUCUACCGUGUUAGCGGAAGUGUUACAGACAAAAUGAAACACUUAAGUGUGCAAAUUUGUUAAAAAAGUUAUUGCGCGUCUUUCACACGAUUUUUUUUAAUGUUUAUUGUUUUUUAGGUAACAGAGCUAGCCGGCUGGUGCAUCGCGAUCGCCUGUGGCCUCUGUUGCAUCUUCAUGAAAGUCAGCUGGUACAGAACUAAAUACCCGACGACGGAGUUUGGGAAGCUGUCCACCGCCUUCUUCGACAGACUUCUUUGGUCCAUUUUCUUGAUUUGGCUAACGCUGGCUUGCGCCUCGGGUCGAGGAGGUUUCCUUGGCAAGUUCCUGUCGUGGGGUGCGUUCGCACCAAUGGCCAGGCUGGCCUUCGGUGUCUACCUCAUCCACUUGCCCUUCAUCCAACUGGCGCUGCACAUUUCUCGAGAGAGGAUGGGACUGUCCCAUUUCAUAGCGGCGUCAUUCUGUUUCUCUACCCUCGCCUGGAGCUACAUCUUGAGUUACUUCCUGUUCAUCUUCUGCGAGGCACCCGUAGGCAAGCUCGACAAGCUUCUUUUUGAAGGACUGCGGGGCAGAGCCUCCAAGAAGGGCGUGGAAGACAAAGUGCGGACAAAGAUUGAACUCGUCGCAGAAAAGCAGCAGAGUGCCGACAGCUUAGCAGAGAACAACAACAACAAUAACAACAGCAGUGAACCAGUGCCCAAUGAGCAGCGGUUUGGACUACAACAGAACGGUAUCAAACCGCACGCAGAGGCGGUCAGCUGUCGUCUUUGAUGUGAAAGUGCUUCUUACAUGCAUCCUUUUUACCUGGUGAUUCGCACUCAGACCGGUGGCGCAACAUUUUGCACAUUGCCGUCGAGCCCAUGCGGUCAUGAGCAUUAGGAACGGGUAUCAAGUGGACACCAAUACUGGAGCAGUGCCUCUGCAGCUCCAGUUAUCGAGCUAACCAUGUGGACUCAACCGGAGCACUGUAUUUACGUGAUGUAGAUUUUUUGGUAGUAAACGCUACAUGAUACAUCCUAUAAGUGGGUGGGGUAGAAUCUAAUCUUUAGGGGAAUAGUGCGCUUGAAUUCGCUAUCGCUGCACGUUGUAGUGUUCGCCAUCGAUAUCUUACUACGAAUCAACAAAAUACGAUCACCUCUAAGCGAUGCGUUUUAAACCACUUCGUUCCUCAAUGGGGUCAUUACAAUGACAUCAGAGAUUGAAGAAAACAAAAGAUUUUCAUCCUUGAAAAACAGGUCUAAUGCCUACGUUACCUAGAAACAAUUAUUUCAAAGCCGGUGGCCUAUAAGGCAUGAAUAUCAGCUUGUCUUAAGCAGUUCACUCCCGCUUAUUUUCACUCACAGCCACAAAGAUACACCAGGUUUUCAGGAACCAUUUGGAGCUUGCUUUAUGUUUUUGUUUCUUUUUGAUAGUACAAACCUUUAAGAUUUUUCAGGCAUCACAAGCCAAUACGAUCGCCACUUGGCAUACAUGAAGGUGUCAAAGGAGUGCUAACCUGGGUUAGUAGUGUACAUAAAUUUUAUGGCUAAAUAAAGCAACAGCGCAUAAGACCGCAAAACAGAAAGAAAGGAUAAUAUUUCGUCCGUUCUUUACGCGUGUCCUCUCCAAUGCUCUGUUGGUUUAUUGAGCUGGUACGAAUGUGUCAGUGAGAGGCACUUUGUAUAUCUUCUCAAACUAUUUUGUAGUAUUAGCAAAUAGCAGUCGCCAGGUUGUAUGGUUGUAUAAAUAACCCUAGGAUUGGAGCAUGUGUCGCACUCCUCAAGAAAUAGGAUGUGGACGCCGAGAUUUCUGUACAUCGAUGUAGUACUGUCGCAUAUUGUGCUCGUAGAUCAGCCUGAAUUCAGGCAAAGGGUAAUAGCGGGCUGGUCGUCUAGGUGACACAUCUUACGGUGUGAGCCGCUUGAGGAUGGAUAAAGCCUCUUGCCUCGUGCCAACCAAAUGCAGGUGCUUUAUCGAUCUUAUAGGUUCCAGAAACCUUUCAAGACCUCGUCACGACAAUUAUGCGCUUAAGAAAGCGUGACACGGAGUCGCAUUCUUUAGCCGUCGGUUCAGCAGGACCCGACAGGCUUCGUGUAGGUCGCAUAUCGCGUAUUGCAUCUGAUUCACUCGACUCAUGAUUUUUUUUCUUAUAUGUACAGGCGCUGACAAAAGUGGUAUACUCCAUGCAGAUUGCUACUGCAGCGGCGUCGUUCAGCAUUUUGGCGACCUGAAGCACGAAACAUUGACACGAGUCAAGCGACAUGCUUGCAGAUCAUAAAGGGCACCCAUUGGCUGUCUCGAUCCCAGAUGCUGCCUGUAGAUGGCGUCGCGAUGCAGUUUGCCGUUGCUCCGGCUCCCGCUGCGUGGAGUAUACCACUUUUGUCGGCGCCUGUACGUGCAAGUAACAUUCGUAACGCGUAUAUAUUUGCAUGAAAUUAAUUUCUGUUAUCAUUCUGGAUGCGGGCAAUUCAGUACUACACUUUCGUAAAAAGGGGCCAAUGGUCGGUUUUCGCUAAACACAUUCAGGGUGAAUUGCCUGACAAGCUAACACUUUGAUUGAGUGCGUUUUGCGCAAAUUGUUUGAUAUUUGUGCAACUCUUCUCAUUUAAUUUGUUAUUACAGACUUCUUUAUUGUAUUGUUCCUCACUGUCUUCGAAGAAUCAAACCCUGUGAGAUUUGGCGUUGUUAGCUGCAGCUCCUGUGCGAGUUUUUCCAUACGCAGCUCAGGAGUGGGUAACGUGAAAUUAAAAAUGAUUUCGUCAAGCAGCGAGCCAUCCACCCCCCAGGGACAGAAAUUACUGGAAUAAACUCUGAAUGAUGUUUUUCGAAAUAAUUACCCGUCUCUCUAUUGGUUUUGAUCUAUGUGAGUAGGGACGUCUAUUUACGGUGUUCCAAAAUUUGACUGCGUCGGACUGUGAAGUUCGCGCUAACGGCAAGGCACCGUCUGAAGUUCCUUCUUUUUCUUUUCUCAUCUGGCCGUGGUAUCAAUGUCGAACGGACGCUUGUCAUUUGAUUUUUCGAAGACUGAUGAGAUCAGUUAUAGGAGGUGGAUGCAACCUUCCUUCUUUUCUACAUUAUCAUUCGUUUUCGUUGUCGCAGCCUAACAUGUGCGGCCGUCACUACUAAAAGGCAACUAAGUAAUCAUUAAUGUUUUCAUCUGGAGAACAUGGAAUUCGAGACGACCAUUAUGAAAAGCAACGUGGAGCGAACGCGCUUUAUGGGCGUGGCUUAUCCUAGACAAACGCACUGUCUCAUGCUGUGAAGUGCGCCGGAGGCGUUAAGCAAUGCCAUAUCCACCAGAUCUCACUCUGUUAUGUUGGUCACGCAUGUGAGCUCUGUAACACUGACUUAUACCGCAGACAUGCUUGGAUGCAGUGCGGUUGCCUAGAAUUACGGCUUCUUUUUCACUUGAUAUUUUAUGGCUUUUCUUUUUCCCACUCGAUGGUGAUUUGAAGUGUAACGCAUGGGUUAUCGUGAGUGUCCUCAGUCUUAUUAGUAUGACAAAUUAAGCAAGUUGGUAACUAAGUGUGUCGUAAAGCAACACUGCAUUACAUCAGUAUGUGUUCAGUGGUUCUUAUAUUAAUUGUGGUGGUGCAGCUUUACAAAGGACAUUGCCAUUCUUUACCACUCGUUACCGGGCUCCGUUUUGGUUGUCCCGCCCAUCAUGUUCCGCCUUUGCCAAAGCAAGACGCCAUGCCCAGUCUUGGAUUGUGAUUUCCGAGCGCCAUGAACAGGAGAGAGCUGCUCUACCUUCUGGGACCGUAUGGACGAAGCAGAUGGUGCGUGCGCUAAAACAAUUUCGCCAUUACAUGGUUUCGACGAAUUGUAUCAAACAUACUUUUAGCGAAGUCGGCCGGACAGCGACAAGCUGUUCUGGUAAAGGGUAAGCUUUGUUAAUAUGGCUACUAUUCCAACCUGUAAAUAAACGUGAAUAAAAAGACAUGUAUUUUCUUCAAAUACCCCAAGCAA